AUGAGCCAGCUCCUCGAGAGACUACUGGCGAAGUUCUCACCACCCUUGGAACCCGCCUUGAUCAUCGCACUCAGCUCAGACUUCGACCAUGACACUCAGGAGUCAGCAGAACAGGACAUCGAGUCAAAACUAGACCACAUACUCACUCAACUCAUCAACGAACAACAAGAACAACAACAACUAGCCCAAGAAACUCAACCUGAGGAAAAGCAACAACAACUAGUAACAAUCCAAACCGAUCACUCAUCCCAGUCCCAGAAAUUAAUCAAUCAGGUACAGGCCAUCCUACCCGACCUAUCAGAGACGACGAUCUACCAUGCUAUCUCAGACGCCCCCGAACCCAAGAAAUUGGAACAGAUCAUCGACAUCCUAUUGGCACCAACACCACCAGCAACAGUAGAAAGCACUCCAAGAUCCGACAAAAAGUCAAAGAAUAAGAGGAAGAAGAAAUUCGACACGAUCCAUCUUAAUGAUGUCCUGCAGCGAGAGACACACAAGAGACUGAUCGAACAAGCUGGACAGCAUCUAGAGAAGACAUCGAUCAACAAUGACUGGGCCAUUGGGGAUAGUCAGAUCAGUUAUCUAGCCGACUUACUCGGCAUCGAGGUCGGGAAGAUCAACAGCAUCUAUCAUCGCAAGAGCUGUAACUUGGUCCUAACCUUGGAAGAACUCUUGAGGAUCUCAGAGUCUCAAAAGCGACUCGAUGGCUCAAAAGAUCAGGAUUGGUUCGAUCGCUUGAAACUCCAACUAGACUUCCUCAGAACCACCCUACUGACCGAAGAUGACCAGGUACUCACCAGACUCUUGAUCGUCACCAAUCUCAAUCCUGGUCAUGCACUUGAUCUCUGGAUCUUCUUGGACGAUCUACACGCCCGAUAUGGUACCUUGCCAUUCAACCAGUUCAUCUCCAACCCUAGCUCUUCUUCUUCUUCUUAUCCCUCGUCAUCAUCAUCAACGGCGGUCUCUCUUCAUAACCAGUCCAAGGCUAACCCCCUCAUAAGCUCAUCCUCAUCACCAACAGCAGUAGCAUCAUCAUCAUCAGCAGCAGCAGCACCAUCGAGACCAUUCAGCGUGAAUGUACAGCCAACUACUCGGCCCCAAUACUCCAGUCGAGAGAUCGAGAACAGCGUGAUGAUUCUACGAUCGAGGCGAGAAUAUCUCAACCAGAAAUCACGCUCGUCGCGCCAAUUGAUCGCCAAUAGUCAUGCGGUCUCGCACAAUAAACAGGCCAUCCAGAACUCGAUCGCGAUGAUCUAUGCGGAAGGGUCGAGGAGACUGAACGAGAAGAUCCAGGAUUGGGAGCUCCUUCUGGCUAGGAAAACCGUCCAGGAGCGCCAGCGAAUCCGCAACGAUUCGCUGUCUAUCGACCUCCAUGGACUCACUAAACCCCAGGCCCUCAUCAUCUCUUCUGAUUAUCUUCAAGCUUGGUGGUCUAAUCAUUCUUACUCGGUCAAUAACUUUAACUCUUCCUUCGUUCACCCUUUCAAGAUCGUCACUGGAGCAGGAACUCAUUCGACCAAUUGCAAACCAGCCUUACUUCCGACGAUCAUGAAAUUCUUGGAUCAAGAGAAAUGGAAGUGGAAGGCUGAUGAUGAACGCUCCAAUGGGCUCAUUGGAUCCGUCAUCGUCGUCGGUCGAGCUCGCAAUCGAGCUUGA